AUGAGCCAACAGACGUCCGACGACGAGGACGUUCGCGACGAGGCGACUCUGCCCACGUCCCCAGGUCGUGCCGCGGAGGAGGUGCUUGCCAGGGACCGUCAGAAGAGAACCCAUAGCUACAACUAUGCCUACGAAAAGUCCAUGAGCCAGACCGAAGCAAAGCUCUUCUACCAGAGACACAAAGCAGCACGCGGUCCAGACGAGGAUCCCUCCCGGAGCCCCAACCUGUCCCACCUUCCGACGCCUGCGAGGGCGGACAAUGAUGGCUCUCCCAGCUUGACCUCGAGUGUCGCAUCGCUGAAGAUCGCCCUGCCCUCUACCAUCGGCCUUUACGAUAUGGCAAACACCCCCGUCCAUUCGUCCAGUCCUUCGGCGUACUCGAAAUUGCACGAGACGAGCCUGCUGGCUGCUGACCAGUCGGCUCGAAACCACCAGGCUCUGCAAACAGGCUUUGCACCUGGCCACAAACCACACUUGCCUAUCUUCCCCGGCGCAAGUGGCGGUACUGGCCUUGGCCAAGAUGCAGACGGUAUCGUCUCGGAUGACGACCCUGUCACUGUGGAGCUGGAAAUUGUUUGUGAUAAGAUCCGGAAGCUGUUAGAGCUACGAAACAAGUACAUGGAACUCUCCCUGCAGAACCCUGGGAGCAAUCCCGUGGACUCUCCGAACUGGCGAAUAUACCCGUCUCCGCCGGAACCUGCGUGGGACAACGGCAAGGAACUAAAGAAAGACCAGGAGAACGCGAAUCCCACCGCCGCCGAUUCUUUUGGGGCAGAACAGACUGACACAACGUCUGGCGCCCGGAAGGUGCGCAAGAUGGGCCAGGACAUUGGAGAAGACUUUGAUAUGGAUGAUCUUUUGCCUCUCCCAGAGAAAUCUCCACUGAAAUUCCAGUUGGAUUCAAACAGUGUCUACCAGGUAUACGAGGAUUCCGAGUCCACCAAGCCAAUUGUCCAUAUUCCCUCUCUCAGAGACUUUUACGUGGACCUGGACGCAAUUACCGAAGUCUCGACCGAUGGACCGGUCAAAUCUUUCGCAUUUAGACGCCUGUCCUAUCUCGAAGGAAAGUUCCAGCUUCAUUCUUUGUUGAAUGAGUAUCAGGAGUUGGCCGACAGCAAAAAGGUCCCGCACAGAGAUUUUUAUAACGUCAGAAAGGUUGAUACCCACGUACAUCAUUCGGCCUGUAUGAACCAAAAGCACUUGCUGCGCUUUAUCAAAAGCAAAAUGAAAAAGUCGCCAGACGAGGUCGUUUUAUUCCGAGACGGAAAGCACUUGACUCUCAAAGAAGUUUUUGAAAGUAUUAAUCUGACUGCCUAUGACCUUAGCAUUGACACGCUUGAUAUGCAUGCCCACAAGGAUUCCUUUCACCGGUUUGACAAAUUCAAUUUGAAAUAUAACCCUGUAGGAGAGUCUCGACUUCGUGAAAUCUUUCUGAAAACGGACAACUACAUCAAAGGUCGCUAUCUUGCCGAGAUCACCAAAGAAGUCAUGUCCGAUCUGGAGUCGAGCAAGUAUCAAAUGGUCGAAUGGCGAAUCUCUAUCUAUGGCAGAUCCAUGGAGGAGUGGGACAAACUGGCUGCAUGGGUUGUCGACAACAAGCUCUUUUCACCAAAUGUCCGCUGGCUCAUUCAGGUCCCACGCCUUUACGACGUGUACAAGGCUAGUGGCAUGAUGCAGACUUAUGAGGAAGUCAUAAAGAAUGUGUUUCAACCGCUUUUUGAGGUGACGCAGGACCCCUCUAGCCAUCCCAAAUUACAUGUAUUCUUGCAGCGCGUCAUCGGAUUCGAUAGUGUUGAUGACGAGAGCAAGGCAGAACGUCGCAUAUACAGAAAGUACCCGAUACCAAGGGACUGGAACACAGCACAGAAUCCUCCUUAUAGCUACUGGAUAUAUUUCAUGUUUGCAAAUAUAGCAUCGCUCAACUUCUGGCGUCAACAGCGUGGGUUCAACACAUUCGUUUUACGACCUCACUGUGGCGAGGCUGGAGACCCGGAUCACCUUGCAGCUGGAUUUUUGGCUUGCCAUAGUAUCAGCCACGGCAUUCAUCUCCGAAAAGUCCCGCUACUCCAAUAUCUCUAUUAUAUAAACCAGGUCGGCAUUGCAAUGUCUCCUCUGAGUAACAAUGCUUUGUUCUUGACUUACGACAAGAACCCCUUUGCUAGUUUCUUCCGGAAGGGACUGAACGUUUCCCUCUCUACGGAUGAUCCACUGCAAUUCGCUUUCACCAAGGAACCUCUUAUGGAGGAAUACGCUGUUGCAGCGCAGAUAUACAAGCUGAGCGCGGUCGACAUGUGUGAGUUGGCUAGGAAUUCGGUCAUCCAGAGUGGCUUCGAGUUUGCCCUCAAGCAAAGAUGGCUUGGACCUCAGUGCAAUUUGCCAGGCGUUAAGGGGAAUGAUGUAGCCAAGAGCAAUGUUCCUGACCUUCGCGAAGCAUUUAGACACGAAACUCUUGUGGGCGAAUUAGCUCUACCAAUCCCCUCCCUGCGUUCCAGCCUCAACGGCAGCUCUAAUACGGUUCAGAUACAAUUUCUUCUUUCCACCCCUAUGAUAUAUUCCAAGGACGCGGAAAUUCUCCGCGAGGAUGCCCGUCUUCGCGGCAAAAAGCUGUCUCCAGCCGAGCGCGAGAAGCUCGUAAAACCAUACCUCCCCAGUCCCUCUGCCACAGGAUCUGCACGGCGGCCUUCGACAAACAAAAAGCAGAAGCAAAAACCCAAGCCAGUACGAAAGUUUCUGAAGUCGCAGGUGCACCGGAUUAUAUACGUUAUUAUCCAUCUUGUGCUCGGUUUCUAUGUGCGCGUUUCGCAGACUCUCGCCGCUAUCAGGGACCGGAUAUUGGCGAUUACGUACCACCAUCAUCGAACACCGGAGCUUAUUAAAAAGGAUGUCAAGGCGCUUUCUCGCUUGCCGGAGCAUCUCAGUGUGUUGUUGAAGCUGCGAAAGGAGGAGGAUGCGCUGCACUCGUUGAUGGAUGAGGCGGCGGAGCUGGCGGCUUGGACAACGUGUGCUGAGAUCCCCGUGCUGAGCGUGUACGAAAGAACAGGUGUUCUCAAAUCGUGCAUGCCUGCUCUCCACAAAGCCGUCUCCGAGAAACUUGGCUUAUACUACGGAUCGCCUCUGAAUCAACCAAACCUCCGCAUCCUCGCUCCCCACCACAGCGCCUACUGCCCUGCACCUUCAAACUCUACUUCCACAAAAAGACCGAAACAAGGCUCCCUGACGAUCCUGCUCCUCUCCGAGGCCGAUGGACGCGAGACCCUGGUCGAUCUCACCAAAACACUCGCCGAGAUGUCGCAGAAUGGCAAACUGUCGCCAGCAGACAUUAGCACAAAACUGAUUGACGCCGAAAUCAGCGAUAUCACAUACCAACCGUCGGAUUCUUCACCCGCCGGGUCUCUCGAGGAGCUUGAGGGUACCGAGUUGAAGAUGCUUCCGGCCGAUCUUUUCCACCCUGUCAAGUCGGAGCCUGAUCUCUUGAUCAUCUUUGGACCCUGUGUGAAGCUGGACGGGUAUCCGCCCUGGCAGGUCCGGUUGACAGAGAUAUACUGCACGGGGGACAAGACGAGUAGCAUUGCAGGUGGCAGUGAGCAGGAGACGGCCGAGUACCAAGGUUUCUUGCGCGGUCUUUGGCGGUAUGCACGAGCAUCUUUCAGACUCGGUCGGUAG